UUCGUUUGUGCGUGUGCCAUAACAAUACAAAAUGGUCACAACUCAGUUUAUUGCUUCGCCCUCAAAAGAGCAAAACACUGAUAUUCUGUUUAGGAAGGAAUAUUCUUUUAUUUUUAUUUUUACUCUAUACCAACUGUUGCCUGUCUGCCUUAAUUCAAAUCAUUUACUGAUACAAUAAGAAUUAACUGAACUAAAAAGUUGUUGUAUCGGCCAUGCCAUUUUCAUCUAUUAAAAACAAACUUCCUCAAGGCACGCUAUCAAAUGCAAAACGAUUAUUAGUAGCUCCAAAGAUUUGAACAUUCAAACAAACUUCUCUUUUUCUAUUAUAUGUAUUAUAUACAAAUUAGAAAACUCCAAAUACUUUACAUUUCAACUGUACACAAGAUUUGUGAUAUUUUAUUUAUCAUUCUCUCUUAUAGAUAAUGGUAUGUUCCACGUUGUUAUUAUUAUUUCAAUUUAUUAUUAAAACAGACAUUUAGAUAAAAUGAAAUUUUCAUAUGUGUGUUCAACUUUUACCAUCUUCAUUUGGUCAAGUAAUUGCGCAUUUAUUGACGACACUAAAUCUGUGAAGAAAAUAAAAGAAGAAAAGGUGCCGUUAAAGAAAUUACUUCACAACGAAUUAUCCAAUUUGAACGAUGAUAGAAAAGAAAUAGAAUGGCACGUAGCAUUAGCAAAUGUAUUAAUAUAUUCGAUACAAUCUAUAUUAUACAAUAAAAAAGAAAUUACAGGAAAAAUAGCAGAGAAUCCCGACAAUGACUAUCUCAUAAAAUUGAUUAGUCGAAGUUUGUUAUUUUUCAAGAACACUAUCUAUGAUAGAUUGACAAAUCAAGACAAUAGAAAGACAAAUGAGAUAGCUCAAACGAAUGAAGACUUCGAAAAUACUUACAAUCGAAUAGAUAUUGAAGCAUCGACUAAAGAUGAAAUAUAUUCGAAUGAUAUCGUAGAAGUACUCGAGCCAAAUUAUAAUGUAGAGUGUAUUAACUGCAAUAGUACAGUGAGUGAAGAUGAUAAUGAUUGCCCAAAAGGUUUUAAAAGUAAUAAAGAAGGAAAUUGCAUAUUAAAAGUUUCUGAACCCUCAACAUUAGCUAUUCCUAAUCAGUGUCCAUAUGGUUAUAAAAGUGACAAAAAUGGACAUUGCAGAAAAAUCUUCAAAAGAAACUAAAUAGAAUAAAUUCAAAUUUAUUUCGCGAAUCAAACGUUAAUUAUAACAUUUAUUACAUUUGAAAAUAUCAAUGUUAACAUAUUCAAUAACUAAAGUCUAAAUAAUACUUAACUUUUUUUUUUAUAAUUUAAAAUUCUGAAAAUACACCAAAAAAACUCAACGUUUUUACGAACUUCUUAAGAUGGUAAUAUUUAUAGGUAGCUAAAUAACUUACUGUUUUUAUAAAGAAGUAUUAUGUAAAGAGCAUUCUUAAUUCUAUUUACUUCUAAAUUCAUAAAGACAAAACCAAAAAACUAUAAUACGUACAACGUAAUAUGUGACCUGUAGAGUAUAAAAUGGUAACGGUACAACGAUUGGUAAUCCUUGCAGUAAAAAUUUAUAUCAAAAUUACCAAAAUAAAAAACAGAACAACAUUCUUAAAAAGAUACAAACUAACGACAGAUUUCCUUUUCUUUUUUACCUGACUCAAAAUGAAGGAAGUUCUAAAAUCAGUUAUUUUUUUUAAUGUUUGUUACCUCAUAACUUCGUCAGUUGUAAACCGAUUUGUAAAAUUCUAUAUAUAUAUAUAUAUAUAUAUAUAUAAGGACAUACUUAUAGAUCCCUUAUAAAUUUUAUCUAAAUCUAUUUAGUAGUUUAAUUUUUAAUUUAAAUUAAAAUAACUGGUUUUAUCAUAUUUGAAGUGUUUUUUUUUUGUGAAACAAUUUAAUUAUUAAAUUCAGAGUAAUAAAAAUGAAAAAAAAAGAACGAGUACAAACGUAUCAAAGAUUAUAAAUACUCCUGAUAAGCUAGACCAGUUGUACAAACAGUAUGGAACCGCCAUGGGCAUGGAUGGUGACCUUGAUACAUUUACAGGUACUUGAAUGUUCCCCGAUUAACUUAGUUUACAUCAAAUUGCCUCAUAUUUUUACGUCUUUACGUCGACUUCACGUCAUGAGCCAAUAUUAGCUUUGACUGUUAUCGUUAUCAGAGAGAUAUUACGAGUACGUACAGUGACAUAUAAAAGGCAUUAUAUAUUAUUCUAUCAGACAAUAUUAUUAGUAAGUUUAUACGUCUAAUUAUUAUUGGUAUAUAAUGUCUAAUUCGCUUAUAAAUUAAAAUCAUAUUAUCUUUCAAAUUUCGCUUUCAAUAUCCAUAUUACCCAUGUCUAUUAUAUAUCACUAUAUGAAACACGUAGCUUCAGCCGUGGUGGUAUAACCUAACCUGCUAAGGCUAGGUUAUACCACCAUAAUAAUCAUAUAAUCAUCUUGCAUUUGAUAGCUGAGGCUACUCAGCU